GAGAAGAAAGAAGUAACAAAUUUGAGAUUGUUGUAGAUUCAGAAGAAGACGAAAAGCCAAUACAAGAUGGCUCAAUCGAAUCUGAUACAGAACGACUUUCUAGUUUUCAGAGAGGAAAUAAAGUCACACGGUCUUUGGGUAGAUCUUUCAAAAAUUUAGAGUUUUUUAAAUCAACUCAGUCGGUUUCAGAGGGGAAAGGCGGAAGCUUUUUUGGUACGAUUUUCAAUCAAAAGAGUAAAAAAGAUAUUCGUAAAGAGCUGCGAAAGGAAGUUGAGAGCUUAAAUGAAAAACAUGAAAGAAAUAUGUUAGAGUUGGCUCGCUUUCAAACAGAAAAUAAAAGACUGGAAGUUCAUUGUCGACGACUUGCAAUGGAAAACACCGUUCUACAGGAUUAUAAAUCGAGGUUAGAAAGGGAAGUGGAAAAGUUGGAGAACGACAAAAUAUCGCUUAAAAGUUGGAAUGAAGAAAUACUCUCUUCCGUUGGACAGGCGUUGAAAAAUUAUGGCGAAACCUUCGACAAAUUCGAUUUUGACGGUUUUGAUGGUUACCAACACGAAGAGACUGUAAGUUUUGAAAACUUGCAAAUAGGAUCAGGAAACACGCAGAACAUUUUUACAACAGACCUGCAAUUGUUCGGUCAAUAUCAGAAAUAUUUGGAGAACAUAAUGCAGGAAUUGAAACAGACAAAACAGAGUCUACAAAUUUCGAAGACAUUCCAAGAAAAUAUGGGGAAUCAAAUUUUAACACUAGACGGUGUGCUAGAGGAAGUUAAAGGCGCUUUAACAGAUGUUAAAAAUACCAAGAAGCAUGACGUUUCUAUGGAGUUGUUAGAUUACACACUUAGUUGGAUAGAACCAAGAUUGAUGAGCGAAUGUGUUAACGAGUUACAGAACUUGCCAGAAAAAUCAAGCGAUUACUUGUUUGAUGAACUGACAGGCAACGCAAAAAUUGGUGUUUUGCGAAUUUUCAAAAAAUAUGAAAAAAAGAUGAACUUCAGACGAUUUGUUCAGAGACUCGAAAUGGACGAUGCUAUCAACAAUGACAUGUUUUGUGCAGACAUUCCAUUGACCAAAGAUGCUUGUGCAUCUCUGUUAGUAAAGUGGGUCAGAUUGCAGGAAAAUGAUGCUGAUACACUGGUUGAGCGAUUUCCUAGAAUUAAACCAGGUAGAGGUGAAACAAAGCGAGAUAAAGCCAUCUUUCCUUUCCCAAUAGCUUCUUAUAGCACGGAAAGUUUGAACUCUAACGAUGAUCUGGUCCAGAAAAGUGAACAAUUUAGAGAGCGUCUUAUUAGAGACAUGAAAGAUAUAGUGCAACAAGAAAUACAUGGUUUAAAACCCGAGUUAGAAGAAAUUAAAUCAGUGAUGCUUCACGGCAGAAGUGAACCUCAGUUUGUAUAAACUAGAUAAGUUUGUAUAAACAAGAUAGUUACAGAAAACGUAUCCAAAAAGUUGAAGUGGAAUUUAUCACUAAACAGAACAAUUGUUUUAUGUUGGACUUUGUCAUGUUUCAAUUUUUUGCGUUUUGAUUUUCGGAAUAAAAAUGUUUUACAUGUACUUAUCUUUGUAUUUUUAAUAUCUUUAAUGAAAAAAAUAAUAACAUUAUAAUGUGUAAACUUUAUGACACGAC